CAUCAACGAUUAACGAGCGACUUUAAAACAAGUUUGUUCAAUCUUCACUGCAAGUCGUGUUGAUUUCUUGUUUUUCGUUCAAUUGGGUCGAACAGUUUUGUAAAAACAUUAGUGUAUUCAAUUAGUAUUUUAUAAUUCUAUCAUGUGCCUCUAUUUUAAUCAGUAGAAGAGAAUAUUAAAAAUAUUUUUCCCUAAAAUGUCGACGCCGUUGACAGAUGACAUAAACGCUAUAGCGAUUGGGGCAGACGCGGAUUCAGCGCAAACACACGCACACGAAGCCACAACAAGUGCAAAUGCUGAUGAUGGGUCAUCAAGUAAUGCUGCAACUCCUGCUAGCAGCGAGGGACAGGCCUCUAGGCAGUCAAAUUUACAAAGAAUACAGCAGCGAAAGCUGCAAGUUUAUAAUUGGCCACAUAACAAGAAAUUAUUAAAAUUGGCAAUUUAUUCUGCAUGUCAGACUCCUGAAUGUAACUGCAAUGGUUGGAAGACUCCUGCAGCUCAGCAGACAGUGAGAGCAAAUGCCAGAACUGAUAAUCAGCCACUGGCUAACUUUACAGAUCCCUGUAGGAAUUGUAACCAUAUAUUAGAAAAACAUGUCACCCAACUACAAGGAUUAUCAGGUGCUGAAAUAAAUAGACUGUUAGCGGCUGUAGUUGAUGUUGAGAAUAUAUUUAUGUCUAUGCACAGAGAAGAUGAUCAAGAUACUAAGAGGGUUUAUUACUUUUUAUUUAAGCUGUUAAGAAAAUGCAUUCUUACUCGCUCUGAGCCUCAAAUAGAUGGACCAUUAGGGCAGCCUCCAUUUGAAAAGCCGUCUAUAGCACGAGCGAUUACCAACUUUGUUCUAUAUAAAUUCAACGCACUACCUCAAAGAGAAUGGCAGACUAUGUAUGACUUAGCUAAAAUGUUCCUGCACUGCUUCAACCACUGGAAUUUUGAAACACCAAGUGUUCGGAAAUUGCAAGUUUCAAACCCAGAAGAUAUAUCAGCCUAUCAGAUUAACUAUACAAGAUGGCUGGUAUUCUGCCAUGUGCCAGCAUUCUGCGACUCCCUACCCCAUUAUGAUACCUCUUUGGUAUUCGGAAGGACUCUCCUCAGAGCAGUCUUCAAGUCUGUGUGUAGACAAUUAAUGGACAAGUGCCAUUCGGAAAGAGAUAGAAUGCCACCAGAGAAAAGAGUUCUAGUACUAAACCACUUUCCACGCUUUCUUGGUUUGUUGGAAGAGGAGAUUUUCAGCGCAAACUCUCCCAUCUGGGACCCGGACUUUAAGCAGAUGCCAUCCAACCACUUACAGACUAUAUUGGAUAAAACACCUGGAAAACGCGGUGAAUUCGAACGCGUCACCGCGACAGGAGAAAGCAAAGAUGGCUUUACCACGGUGUCGCUUUCGUCAGGAACGAUAAAACAAGAGAAUCUCAAGCGUUCAGGGUCUGAUGUCUCCAUCGGGGGAAAGAGACGUAGGGUAGAAGAGAGUGAUGACGUCAGCGAGCGAACUGUCGCUGAAAUUGUGGCAACCAUUUCUGAUCCAAACUACAUGUGUGGACCCGAUGCGCUAUUUCAAAUGCAAGCACCACGCGAUGAGGCGGCCAAAGUGGAGGAACAGCGGAAGUUGAUUGAGUUUCAUGUCAUCGGAAAUUCUCUCACUGGACCUGUCAAUAAACAGACUAUGUUAUGGCUUAUAGGUCUACAUAAUGUCUUCUCGCAUCAGCUUCCAGAAAUGACGAAAGAAUACAUAUCGCAAUUGGUUUUUGAUCCUAAACACAAAACGUUAGCUUUAAUCAAAGAAGGACGACCAAUUGGAGGCAUUUGCUUUAGAACUUUCCAUUCACAGGGAUUUAGCGAAGUGGUAUUCUGCGCAGUGACAUCUAACGAGCAGGUGAAAGGCUACGGGACCCAUCUCAUGAAUCAUCUCAAGGAUUAUCACAUACGAAACAAUAUUUUGCACUUUUUGACCUUCGCUGAUGAAUUUGCUAUUGGUUAUUUCAAGAAGCAAGGUUUUAGUAAGGACAUAAAACUACCUCGAGCGAUGUACCAAGGGUAUAUAAAGGACUACGAGGGCGCGACUUUGAUGCACUGCGAACUUAAUCCUAGAAUAGUGUACACCAAAUUCACGUCUGUUAUAAGGCGGCAAAAGGAGAUUGUAAAGAAGCUAAUUGAUAUGAGACAAAAAGAAGUGAGGAAAAUACAUCCCGGCCUGACUUGUUUCAAAGAAGGGGUACGCAGUAUACCAAUAGAAGUGAUCCCUGGACUCCGGGAAGCUGGAUGGCGGGCAUCUCGCGCUGCGCCCGAACCUCAGCCUGAUGCGGAUCCUGCGCCACUUAGGAAUAUAUUGCACGCGGUUAAAAACCACGGCGCUGCUUGGCCAUUCCUCAAGCCGGUGGACAAAGCCGAGGUACCGGAUUACUACGACCACAUUAAGUAUCCAAUGGACUUACGUUCAAUGGGGGAACGUCUGAAAGCGCGGUACUACGUGUCUCGGCGCUUGUUCAUCGCGGAUAUGACCCGGAUAUUCACCAACUGCCGUCUCUACAACUCACCUGACACCGAUUAUUAUAGAUGCGCAAACACAUUAGAAAAAUACUUCCAGGCAAAGAUGAAAGAAGCGGGCCUUUGGGAUAAAUGAAUUAAUAAUAAAUUAGCUCAAUUAUUUAUUGAUAAUUAUAGGACUAUACCUCGUACUCAUGGUGUAUAAUAAGCGUAGGCGCAGAAGGCUCACUUAAGAAAAAUAUUCUCAAUAUUAGACAUCGUUGGAUUUGUUUUAUUUUAUACCCAAUAGAACGUCCUAGCAAUAACAUAAUCAUAUUAUAGUUCAAAUAUUUAAAAAAAUCUAAAAGAUCUUGACUUUCUUACACAUGUUAAUUGUUAUCAAGGUAUUUUUUUUUAGUUUGUUGUUUGUUGUAUAUACAGACAAGUUCAAUUUCAGUACUGAGGAUAAAUUCAUUUCGUACAAUGCAGUAAAAUAAACCUAGAACAGUAAUGUGAUUUGUACCAUUAUAGCUGUAAGAAUCAAGUAAAAAAACUAUACGCCCUUAUCUCCUACUUGUGUAGAUAUUGUUUUAUUUAAGGAAUUAAAAUGUUCAUCAAA